CGUUAUUCCCUGUUGGGUCUCUCGUCUUCUGGUUUACAUACAUAUAUGCAGGACGCUUCAGCUUAGACCCCCCCAUAGAAGCCAUGCUGCUUACUUGCUCUGCUCCCUCUUUCAUGUCCAAGCCUCCUUUUCCUCACAGAACGCUUUCAACACGUACCGUGCUUGGAACUUUCCAUACUCAGAAAAAGCAAAUAGUGCAUUGCUGCUCAAUUCACAGGUUGAAUGAUCAAAGCGCAAAAAAUAGUUAUUUAUCAUACUGUGAUGAGAACUUGAGGCGGAGGCUUCUCCUAUUCGUUUCGGUCACAACAGCCUUGUUUCCAACUUUAUCUUCUUCUGGAAAGACAAAGAGUAAGAAUCCCUAUGAUGAAAAACGCUUGCUAGAACAAAAUAAGCGGGUACAGAAAGAAAACAAUGCACCUGAAGACUUUCCAACUUUUAUUAGAGAAGGAUUUCAGGUUAAUGUGGUGACACCAGAGAACUACAUUAAGAGUGACUCGGGGCUUAUAUACAGGGAUUUUGAAGUUGGUAAAGGUGAUUGCCCAAAGGAUGGUCAACAGGUGACUUUUCACUAUGUUGGCUAUAAUGAGUCAGGUCGCCGUAUUGAUAGCACAUACCUACAGGGUUCCCCGGCAAAAAUCCGCUUGGGCAAUAACGCAUUGGUCCCAGGAUUUGAGCAAGGGAUUCGAGAAAUGAGACCUGGGGGAAAGAGAAGAAUAAUCAUUCCACCAGAACUUGGACCACCUGUUGGGCCUUCCACCUUCUUUAGCUCAAAACAGUUUGAAGUUUUUGAUGUGGAGCUGCUUAGCGUUCAGGACUGUCAAAGGAGGACCAUCGGUUUUUACUCCGAUGUUGUGUGCAAUUAAGUGAAAUUCAGUGAUGGGGACUAUGUUGUUCCUAUAUAAGUAUCUCUUCAUUUUCUAAAAUAGAUAGGUCAUCUUCUUUGAAAGACAUUUGAAAGAAAAAAUGGCAUCUUCAUUGUAAGGUAGAUUUCUCAAUUCUCCCUUGGAACAAAAACAGAUUAAUUUGUCUGGAAGUGAAAGUAUUUAUCAUGUAUUGAACAAAGAUUUGGAGCUGUUUCCCCAAUGAUUUGUAGAAUAAAAUAUAUUUGGACA